AGUGUGCUUAAACUAGUACUAAUUAAAGUAAUUUCACUGAAAUAAAUGAAGUUCUUCUUGUCGGGUAUUAAAAAAACGUGAAUAUUUUUUUUAAAUCUCGAGUUCCAUUCAUCAAUUGCAAUUUAUGAACAUUAUUUAUGAUAUCAUCAUGAACAUUCGAACACUCACUUUUUACUUCCACUAUACAUAAGUUUCUAUCUUCGAUGUCCGAGGCUAGGGUCAGUGUAUAGCCAUUCGAUACAGUGUCCUGGGGUUGGAACAGGAAGUGGGGAGUGAAAAAGGAGGUGGUAGCGGUCAGCGUCGGGACGCUCGGCGUCUACUUACAUGGGGAACAGUUGUGCGUGCGUCGUCAUUUGUCGCCCCGUUCAUAAUUAUACACAUAUGCUUUGUUUCUCUCUUCGAUUUAUAUUCUAAAAGUUUACCAAAUCAAUAUAUACAAUUUUUAGUAAUCAAUUAAUCCGUGCAGAAUUUCCAAUUCGACGAAAUGAUCGCUUCAGUAAAAUCGAUUGUAAUUAGUGAAGUGCGAUUUUCUGUGUAAAGAAUUAUCGAUCGGUGCGUGUGAGGAUAUUCAAGUGACCUUUUCAGUGUUUUCUCAUAAAUUUUCAUGUAAUAUGAAUGUAAAUAAUUUCACACAGUAUAAGGUAUACGAAUUUUGUUGAUCAAAGUUAAAACACUUUAGAGAUCUUCCAAACCUGAACAGUAUCACCCUUGAUAUAAGAAAUAUUCCAAUAGUUUUUACAACUUAUUAUGCAUGUCUUCAUUAUUUUUUUAUGUACAUUCCGUAAUUGUUUUCAUCAGAAAAAAGAACAUUAUAGAUCUGUUAUUUGUUAAUGAAAUACAGACAUAUUUCUACUUUAAAAUUACAUUCGCGUAUACCACGAGAUCGUGUACGUCUCAUAACAGAUACGCGAGUGAAAAAUGGCAUUCGAAUAAGUAAAUAUAAUUCGGAUAAAUGCGAGAAGAAUCGUCGAUACAGAAAGAACUUUCCAUCCCGGCCAAUGAGCCGCCGCAUUGGUGGGCGAAAAUGAUUUUCAAGUAUUGCGCGGGGCUAGAAGAGGACAAGGCCACUGUUUUGAGGAGCGGGGAACCGAACUCGGAGGAAAGAACUCGAGAUUUCAACGAGGAAUCAAGCGAUUCACGGCGACGGGAAUACAAGAUCGCGAACACUGUUCUUCGUUAUUGUUCGUGCGCCUUUCGAUGCAGACAACCGGUAGACAUCGGAAGAGAAGAAGAGGAUUCGAUAUCGACGAUCGUUACCACUAUCAACGCCACCCCUGUAAUCCCUUUGGCUUUGAACCAGAGCGACGAAACGAUGUAUGUUGUCACAAUUUUGAGAAACAUCGAAUUCGUUCGCAUCUUAAGUAACAGUUCUCCGAUAUUGUUGAACAUAAAACAAGCAAGCAACGAACCCCGUGAAUAAUAUUAAUUUCAAAAUUUUCUAAUUGCAAGGUGUUGGGAAGGCGAAUA